AUGAGCAAUGCACUUUUGGGCUUCUGGACUACCUUACUCGUCGCAGUCCUCUCCAGCGCCGGCAUCAGCACCAACGCCAGUAUUGGCGCCGACAUUUCCACCGACAUUUCCACCCAGGCUGGCGCCCAGACUUCCGCCGAGGUUGGCGCCGACGCCUGCGCCAGCAUUACCACCAAGACCAGCAGAUCCACCAAGAAUACCACCGACAUUGGUUCCAGCGUUGGCUCCAGCAUUGCCUCCCAGGUUGCCACCAACAUUGGCACCAACGCCUGCAUCAGCAUUGCCGCCGACGCCCGCAUCAGCUCCAACACCUGCACCAGCAUUACCGCCAAGACCAGCAAUUCCACCAAGGAUGCCUCCAACAUUGGCUCCAGUAUUACCUCCCAGAUUGGCACCAGCGUCAGCUCCAACACCUGCAUUUCCACCAAGGUUGCCUCCAAGGUUUCCACUGGCAUUUGCUCCUCCACCAACGUCAGCACCAGCAUUACCACUAACACCACCUCCAACAUUGCCUCCAACAUCACCACCAACGUUGGCACUACCAGAGAUAUCCCCAGUUCCACUAGUGCCAACAUCACCACCGAGAUUGGCACCACCGGAGACAUCUCCACCAGCAUCAGCUCCAGCGGUGCCACUAGCACCAGCAUCACCACCAAUAUUAGCACUUCCAGAGGCAUCCCCUCCAACACUGCCUCCAACAUCACCACCGACGUUGGCACCACCGGAGACAUCUCCGCCAGCGCUGAGAUCACCACCGGCAUUGACGCCACCGCUAAGAUCUCCACUUCCACUGGCACCAACGUCAGCUCCAGCGUUGCCACUAGCAUCAGCAUCACCACCGACAUUGGCACUACCGGAGGCAUCCCCACUAACAUCACCACUAACGUUGGCACCACCAGAGACAUCUCCGCCAGCGCUGAGAUUACCACUUCCACUUACUCCAGCAUCAGCUCCAGCAUCACCACUGGCGCCGACAACACCGCCAGCGUUGACACCUCCUCCAAGGGUGGCAUUACCAGAAACAUCACCACCAAUAGUAGCUGCUCCUCCAACGUUGGCGUCACCGCUGAUAUCUCCACUGCCAGAUGCACCCAAGUUGGCCCCAGCAUCACCGCUUGCACCAGUGUUUGCGCUGCCGCUGACAUCUCCUCCAGCACUGGUUUCUCCACUAACAUCUCCACUGCCUGUGGCACUGACGCCAGCUCCAGCAUCACCACUGGCAUCUCCUCCAACCUCAGCACUUCCGCUGGCGUCUCCACUGCCGCUGCCACCAACAUCAGCUCCGGCAUCACCGCUAGUACCAACGUUGGCACCUCCACUGAUAUCUCCGCUGCCGCUGGCACCAACAUCUGCGCCAGCGUCACCAGUAGCACCAGCAUUCGCGCCUCCACUGACACCCGCACCGGCAUUGGCACCACCGCCAACGUUAGCGCCAACACUACCACCACCACUGACGCUUCCGCUGACACCACCGCUGACACUGGCGCCAGCAGAGGCACUGGGGUUGGUUCCGAAGCUGACACUCACGCCAACACCGUGGCCGUUCUCACAUUUCUCACAGACGCUGGUAGUCACACUAACAGCACCGCUGCUAGUAGCACUGCCAGAAGCCUCACAAGCCUCACAAGAGACCCUAGAGUGAACCGCGCGGUGAUUUUACCCUAA